CGAUUUUCCCUUUUAGGUCCGGUGCUCUACAAUCUUGGAACAGGGCAUUGAGGGUGCUCUGGCCAUGGAUUGUGAUUGGCCCAAGGCGACGCGACCUCAGGGUUUCAACCUGCGCAAGGAGAGAACCUGAGACCUGCUUCGUUGGCCCUCAGUCCAGAGUCCAGACCACUCACUCCUUCCCACGUCUUGUGCGGUCUGGUCUGUUCAGUACUCGCCUCACCUAUAGAGGAAAGGCCCUUAAAGGCUGUCCCAGGUCUAACGUCGCCCUGCAAACCUAUCCCCUGCCAUUGACCGCAUCCUUCGACAGCUACUCCUACUUCUGAUGGGAGAGCUCUAAGGCUGGCUCGCAGAACACUUUUUUGUUCUCCCUGACACCUGUCUUGACAGUCACUCCAGUGCUCCCUUCUUUCCCAUACGCAAAGAUGCCCGACCUCAACUCGAUUCCAAGAUCACCACGGGGUGUUUCGAAUCCCCAGGCUUCAGGAACCAGUUCUGCCGCACCACAGCCCCCAUCCGUGCCCGCCUCGAGGAGAACUUCGACACAAAUGCUGCCUCCGCCGCUACCUCAGAAUAACAGUCUCCCGAGUUCACCCAGGCCAUCACAGGCGGCUAUGGUGGACAACACAGGAGUAGGUUUAGGCCCAGGGCCUAUUCGACAUCCCAGACCUCUUACGGCGGCUGAAUUGCAUUUGGAACUUGAAAAAGAGCAAGAAAGCAUUGUCAAUCGACUCACACGAGAACUCUCUGCUUUACGGGCCCAAACAGCCUCUGUAGCCUCUACAACCUCGUCCACUUCCGAGCACUUGUUUUCGAGCGACCCAUACAAUACAACCACAACCGGAACCACAAUCAUCCCAACCAACACCCGCCGUCAUCGUUCCUCCUCGAACCUUUCCACUCGUUCAGCUCGCUCAAUCCGUGAAAGCCUCACCAAUGCCGCCAACACCAGCGUCUCCGGCGUGGCCGCCCCACGAGAUCAGAGUGUCCAAGCCAGCGCACGACCUAGCAUGGAAAUGAGCAGGCCGGACAUGAGUCGACAGAAUUCGACCUCUGCAUCAGGAUUCCGAUCUAGUUCGAUUACUUCUUCCCCUCAUUUGACCCAAGGAGGAUAUGCAUAUCCACACCGCAGCUCUGUGUCGUCGACGAUGGACGCCUCGUCUGUCGCUCCUCAUGCCGCAAUGACGCGUUCUCCGAGUUCCAACGCAGCUAUUGCGCAAGCGAGGUAUGAAGAGGCGGCGUCACAGCGGGCGGAACUUGAGGCCGUGAAGCGGGAGAAUGAGACAUUGAGAGCAAGAGUCAAAGAUCUGGAGAAGAGUUUGCAGAGGGCCAACGAGCUGGCGCAGGUGACGAGUACGUCAUGACUACUCCGAGUCUCUCGCUCUCCAUCUCUAGAGAGCUGAGGCGCAGGUGGGUGGUGGUGCAUCGACAGAAGGCUCUUUCCAGAGACUGAGAUGUGUGCGAACAAGCGAGAAGAACCACAUGAUGAAUCAAAUGAUGACGAUGAAUGAGCAACUUGAGAUGACGAUUUGCUCGCCGUACAAGGACCACUUUGCAACUGGAGGAACACUUUUCAAAGGGAACGAUCGAGGAACUCGAAAAACAGCAUGCAUGGUGUUGGAGGCGUUUGUUUUCUACGGUGUUCAAUGGCUUUUUGAAGGCUGAAGGUUCCAAUACGAUCAUGCUGCAGGUGGCAAGCUUCCGCGAAACCAUAGCAUGUCUCCGAAUUGACCUAAUGAGCAAAACCAGCGCGAGAGACUUCAGCGUCUCGGCUCGAUAAGGGAUGGAAAACGAGAACCAGUUUUGAAUUUGUUGUGAUAGAAUACCUCAAGAUAUUUGGGCACCUUUCCG